GGUUUGUCUUCACAACCCUUAAAAAGCCACGAAACAAAUCAAACCAGUCUCUGUUCACUCUUAAGGCGCCAGAGAUCAAAGAACCCUAGUGCUCCGCCGCAAACGCAAUGGUGCACGUCUCUUUCUACCGCAACUAUGGGAAAACCUUCAAGAAGCCACGUCGUCCAUACGAGAAGGAGCGACUAGACGCUGAGUUGAAACUCGUCGGAGAGUACGGACUCAGGUGCAAGCGCGAGCUAUGGAGAGUACAGUACGCCCUUAGUCGUAUUCGUAACAAUGCUAGGAACCUUCUUACUCUUGAUGAGAAGAAUCCACGUAGGAUUUUUGAAGGUGAAGCUUUGCUUCGUAGAAUGUUUCGUUAUGGAUUACUUGAUGAGACUCAGAAUAAGCUUGAUUAUGUCUUAGCUCUUACCGUUGAGAAUUUCCUUGAGCGUCGUCUUCAGACACUUGUUUUUAAAUCUGGUAUGGCUAAGUCUAUUCAUCAUGCUAGGGUUCUCAUCAGACAGAGGCAUAUCAGGGUUGGUAGGCAGGUGGUGAACAUCCCCUCUUUCAUGGUUAGGGUUGACUCACAGAAGCACAUUGACUUUUCACUCACAAGUCCCCUUGGUGGUGGACGUCCUGGAAGAGUGAAGAGAAGGAAUCUCAAGGCUGCCGCCAAGAAAGCAUCUGGUGGUGACGGAGAUGAGGAGGAUGAGGAUUAAACUGUUGCUGCCAUUAUCAUAGUUGCAUUCUCUAUUGAAGUUAAAUCUUUUGUCAGCUGUUAUGAUUUUGUCCCUAGUCUAUCAUUAUUGACUGCUAUACUAUUUUGUUUUUUCAUCCUUGGUACUAAUUUGAGAAUGUACUUUGCCUGAGAUAUUAUGUUGUUUUUGAACUAAAUUAUUUUUCUAAAGUUUUUUCCCGAAUAA